GAAUGCCCAGGGUGAAUUGAUGGAUUGCAGAGCCUGGCUGGCACGCUUUGUGCCCACCCCACCUCCAAAUCGCCUUAAUUACAAAUCAGAGGGCAGGCUUAGUGAACAAGACUGGCAAGCACAUUUCAAGGUCCCAUGUUGUGCGGUUGAUCCAUCUCAACUUGAGUCAGAAGAGGCAGAAGUGGAUGUGAGAGAAAGAGAGACACAGAGAGACAGAGAGCCAAAGAGGGCGAGAGACUUGACUUUAAGAGACUCCUGUACUGACAACUCCAUGCAGUUCGGAACCAGAACAACCACGGCAGAACCAGGGUUCAUGGGGACAUGGCAAAACGCUGAUACUAACCUCUUGUUCAGAAUGUCCCAACAGGCCAUCCGUUGCACACUGGUAAACUGCACGUGUGAAUGUUUUCAGCCAGGGAAGAUUAACCUGAGGACUUGCGAUCAGUGUAAACAUGGCUGGGUGGCACAUGCCUUGGAUAAGCUCAGUACACAGCACCUGUACCACCCUACCCAAGUGGAGAUUGUGCAGUCCAACGUGGUGUUUGACAUCAGCAGCCUGAUGCUCUAUGGGACACAGGCAGUGCCUGUGCGGCUAAAGAUCCUGCUGGACCGGCUCUUCAGUGUCCUAAAGCAAGAGGAAGUGCUGCACAUACUGCAUGGCCUGGGCUGGACUCUGCGGGACUACGUCCGGGGAUACAUCCUUCAGGUAGGGGAGGACUUCGAUGCUUGCAUCCAGGCCAGCUUUUGGAGGGUCGGGUGAGAGCCCUGAGGAUGCCUGGUCUUCUUCCUGUCCCUAGCAUUCACAUCCUCCUCUGGUCAGGAAAUUGGGAAUAAAGAGAGCUAUCCUGGUAGACCAUGUUCAGCUUUAGUAAUGUGUAUUAUAAGGGAAAAAGUGGCCUGCUGAGUAGUGUUAUUUUGUUUGCACCUUUUGAAUCCAGCUCUUUCUCCCUACAAAGUGGGCUUUCUUAUUUUCCCAGUAAAUCUUAUUAUUGUCCUGUUACUCGGGAGGGCUCUUCAAGAUGGGUAAUAGAUGUGUGAAAAUCUGAGGUGAUACUCCAUCAGUGUUCAUUAAGGCCUUUUCUCAUCCUCAGUUAGGAGGCAUGGUGUUUCUUGGUGGUCUGUAUACCCUUAGUAUUUACAUUGUUUUUUUCAUCCAAAUCAAAUGAAACUCUGUUGAAUAACUAGUAAACCCUUACAUCUUAGCCCUUUGAGUUUUAUAUUCUGAAACUUGAAAAGCAUGGGUAUAGAUUUGGCCUUCAUGGUGCCUUUUCUUCCAGUCUGGAGCUCCUCCUUGGUUAUUAGUGAUACUUCUGAUCUGGUAAGGGCCUGCAAACUUCUCUAG